GCUGAUGCUGAGAGAAGCUCCAGACCCCAGUCACCCAGCGACACAUUGGCCACAGGUCCUCGCUCGCCGUGUCGGGUGGGCGCGAUCUCCAGUUCCCUGUGCUCCAAGACUCUUGGCCACCCCACCCCCAAAAAGUGAUAAAAAUGACUCUCGCAGCUUACAAGGAGAAGAUGAAAGAGCUCCCCCUGGUGUCUCUCUUCUGUUCCUGUUUCCUCGCCGACCCGCUCAGCAAGGCCGCCUACAAACAGGAAGCGGACACCGUGGAUCUCGCCUGGUGCGUCAUCCCGGACAUGGAGGUCAUCGAGCUGAACAAAAGAGCGUCGGGCGAGUCCUUCGAGGUCAUCCUGAAGCCCCCCUCCGCCGACGGGGUCCCUGAGUUCUACGCCUCCGUGCCCCGGCGCCGCGACCCCUCCCUCGAGGAGAUCCAGAAGAAGCUGGAGGCCGCCGAGGAGCGGAGAAAGGGCCAGGAGGCCGAGCUACUGAAGCAGCUGGCCGGGAAGCGGGAGCACGAGCGGGAAGUGUUGCAGAAGGCCAUCGAAGACAACAACAACUUCAUCCGCGCGGCCCAGCAGCGCCUGGCGCACAGGAUGGAGACCAACAAGGAGAACCGCGAGGCCCACCUGGCCGCCAUGCUGGAGCGGCUGCAGGAGAAGGACAAGCGCGCGGAGGAGGUGCGGAAAAACAAGGAGCUGAAGGAAGAGGCGUCCAGAUAAGAGCCCCGGACGCGGCCGGAAGCUUUGGACGGUCCGGCAGUCCCGGCCGGGCCGGCGGCGGCGGCGGCGGCGGCAGUGAGGGAGGCGUCGUCGGCGGCUGCCCCAGCCAGGCCGGGGACCGGAGGGGCCGGGCCGAGCCGGGCCAGCGCUGUCUCUGUUGUGCUGUGAAGGAGCCAUCAUGGUGCAGUGUUCAGUGUGCAGUGAGGGGGGUGGGGGUGGGGG